AUGAAGGGCAUCAUCACCAUUUGCCUUUUUGCGUUCGCUCUGGGGGCACCUACCCGAGUGAUGGAAAGCCAGGAACUCUCACACCUCACCGGAUCCAAACCUACUCUUGAUGAGAUGGGGUCCCUCAUCCCUCGUGCCUCCACCAGUCAACUAUUGUCGGCUGGCAGUGGAGGUGAUCUCACCAAACAACUACAACAACUACAAAGUAUGAUCACCAAGAUCAUGAGCAGCAGCUUUGCAUGUUCAUCCGGGGGCAGUGGCACGUCGCACGUUCACCUGGGAGCAGCUGUGGUGGAAGCCCUAGUGGUGGAAGCUCCAGUGAUGGAAGCUCCAGUGGUGGAAGCUCCAGCGGUGGAAGCCCCAGUGGUGGAAGCCCUAGUGGCGGAAGCUCCAGCGAUGGAAGCUCCAGCGGUGGAAGCCCUAGUGGCGGAAGCUCCAGUGGUGGAAGCCCCAGUGGUGGAAGCUCCAGUGGUGGAAGCUCCAGUGGUGGAAGCUCCAGCGGUGGAAGCCCCAGUGGUGGAAGCCCUAGUGGCGGAAGCUCCAGUGGCGGAAGCUCCAGUGGUGGAAGCCCUAGUGGCGGAAGCUCCAGUGGUGGAAGCUCCAGCGGUGGAAGCCCUAGUGGCGGAAGCUCCAGUGGUGGAAGCCCUAGUGGUGGAAGCUCCAGUGGUGGAAGCCCUAGUGGUGGAAGCUCCAGUGGUGGAAGCCCUAGUGGCGGAAGCUCCAGUGGUGGAAGCCCUAGUAAUGGAAGCUCCAGUGGCGGAAGCUCCAGUGGUGGAAGCCCUAGUGGCGGAAGCUCCAGCGAUGGAAGCUCCAGCGGUGGAAGCCCCAGUGGUGGAAGCUCCAGCGGUGGAAGCCCUAGUGGCGGAAGCUCCAGUGGUGGAAGCCCUAGUGGUGGAAGCUCCAGCGGUGGAAGCCCUAGUGGCGGAAGCUCCAGUGGCGGAAGCUCCAGUGGUGGAAGCCCUGGUGGCGGAAGCUCCAGUGGCGGAAGCUCCAGUGGUGGAAGCCCUAGUGGCGGAAGCUCCAGCGAUGGAAGCUCCAGCGGUGGAAGCCCCAGUGGCGGAAGCUCCAGUGGUGGAAGCCCUGGUGGUGGAAGCUCCAGUGGUGGAAGCUCCAGUGGUGGAAGCUCCAGUGGUGGAAGCUCCAGUGGUGGAAGCUCCAGUGGUGGAAGCCCCAGUGGUGGAAGCCCCAGUGGUGGAAGCCCUAGUGGCGGAAGCUCCAGUGGUGGAAGCUCCAGCGGUGGAAGCCCCAGUGGUGGAAGCCCUAGUGGCGGAAGCUCCAGUGGCGGAAGCUCCAGUGGUGGAAGCCCUAGUGGCGGAAGCUCCAGUGGUGGAAGCUCCAGCGGUGGAAGCCCUAGUGGCGGAAGCUCCAGUGGUGGAAGCCCUAGUGGUGGAAGCUCCAGCGGUGGAAGCCCUAGUGGCGGAAGCUCCAGUGGUGGAAGCCCUAGUAAUGGAAGCCCCAGUGGUGGAAGCUCCAGUGAUGGAAGCUCCAGUGGUGGAAGCUCCAGUGGUGGAAGCCCAGGUGGCAGCAAAGGUGGCAAUAUGUUUGGUGGUGAUGAUAGUAGCCAAAGUUCUGUGGAAGAUUCCCGUGCUGAUAUGUCGCAAGAGGUGUGGAGAGAAUCUCGGUUUCCACCCGCCUCCUGGAAGCACUCUACAAGAUACACUAGAAGGUCUCCAGAAGGCAAAUUCCGGUAACAAGGACUCUCAGCCAUCAGCUGAGGAACAGAGUGGUCUCGAUACGCUGACAUCUGGCACACAAGAUGCGUUCAACGGUCUAUUUGGUGGAUCUGGUAACGACAUUCAGCCAUCAGCUGAACAGAGUGGUCUCGAUACGCUGACAUCUGGCACACAAGAUGCAUUCAACGGUCUAUUUGGUGGAUCUGGUAACGACAUUCAGCCAUCAGCUGAACAGAGUGGUCUCGAUACGCUGACAUCUGGCACACAAGAUGCGUUCAACGGUCUAUUUGGUGGAUCUGGUAACGACAUUCAGCCAUCAGCUGAACAGAGUGGUCUCGAUACGCUGACAUCUGGCACACAAGAUGCGUUCAACGGUCUAUUUGGUGGUACGUCGCCCUAG